UAUCUCCGAGCUGUCGCAUUGACUGACCUACUGCACUUGGCGGGUUCAGCCAAGAGCCUCAUUGUCACGUUCUUAGAACGGGUCAGAGUUGCUUCCGUGAUUUUGUUUUCUGCUACCCCGGCCAUCCACCUCUGUUUCAAGCGCCGAUAACGAUGUUUGGACUCCGCUCCCAAUAGCGAAUAAUGAAGACAACCUGCUAGAGAUCUUUUCCCGCCACCGACGUGAUACGUGAAACACCCUGCUAGAGAUAUUUUUAACAUAUAAUUCUAAGAAGGGGAAACACCUUGGCAUCGGAGGAGAAUGGAUAUCCCAUGUCGUUCACCUGCCUUGGCCACUUGGCUUUCGAGGUCCCGACUCGAUAGAUAGGAAUAUCCGAUCGUCUAGGAUGCUUUCCCUUCGACCUAUAUGAAGGCCAUCGUUGGCCCCGACUUGAGAGAUUUAGAUUCACUCAGCUGUGCUCAAGUCAUCGUCCCAACUUUUUGGUUUCCCGGUCUCUUCCCUAAUUUUUCCUUGAAACAGAUUAAUUCUGUCUUUUGAUUCUUCCGCUGGUCGCCGCUGGUCGUUUUAUACUACUGUAAUAUCUAUUCCCACUCUUUUAUAUCCCAAGCAAAUCAAGCCAAGACAGCCCCACGAGCAUCUUCCAAGACACAACAGCCAAGAUGGUCAGUUAUCGAAUGAUUGCCGUUGCCGGCUUCCUUGCCAGCGUCAACGCUCUUCCUUUGAACAUUAACCUUGGUGCUUAUUCCCCCGCAUUGGUAGUCGGUGAUGGUGAAAUUUCAUUCGGAGGGGGUCAAGAUGUGACGAAUCUAAUGAACGCUUUGGAGGGUGCCGCUGUCAACGCUGCUACCGGAACAACUGGAGGUGCAACCGAAAAUGCUGCUGCUGCCCCCGUCGCCGCUGCCGCUGAGCCUAGCGCAACUCCCGUCAAUGGAAACGGUGUUGUAGCUACGGAAAACCAGAGCCAAGCCGCCGCCGAGACUCCCGCGGCUGCUGAAGUCGCUGAGACCCCCGCUGAUACCAACGCUGCGGUAGACCCCAACCUAGAGGAGCAAGCGACUCAAAUAUCCGGCCUACAAGGAAUGGGCAAGGAAAUCGCUCCUCGAGACUCUGAAGCCCCCAAGGCCAAGCGUGACCUAGCUGGUUUCGACCGAGCCCUUACCUACGCCGAGGCUGCCUUGACUAAGGGUCCGUUGGUCCAACUUGGUACUGGUGAGGGUGGCGCUGGUGUCGGUAUCAUUGUCGACAACAACGACGGUACCGUCGGCGCCGCCAACAACAACCGAAACGGAGCUGCUGCUAAGCGUGAUGAGACUUCUGCGUCACAGCCACGCCGCCGCACUAAGGUUACCCGCAUGUAUGUCAAGCGCGGUGUCCCAGCUGCUAUCCAGACAUCUAGUGAAGUCGAAACUCGUUCCGUCGAGUCCCUCCCUAUCGCCAAGAUCCCAGCAGUGGCCAAGCGACAGAGUUCUUCGUCGGACGUCAUCGACUCUAUCAACCUAAACGUUGAUGACAGCCAAGGAUUCACGAUGACAUUCGUCGAGACGACAGAAGAUGACGAUGCCACGGCAGAGGAGACGCAAGAGUAAAGAGACGGUUAUUAAUAAUUUAUUACCUAUUUAGAACUCGCUAUUUACUUUCUGCCUCUUUUCCAUCCAUGUACAAUUGGCAUUUUCAUCAUCGU